AUGGGAGCAUCGUGUUCCUCGCCACAGCGACCCGUGCGGCCCUGCUCGGCGCACACUACGGCCGCUCCCCAACUCGAGUGGGACGCCGGCGCGAGUGACGCCGCCGCGUGGUGUCCUGGGCAGGCCGACCCCCAGCAAGGCAGCGGCGUAUGGCGCAAGCUCAAGUCACUGGAGCUGCUGGAGGUCGACCACGCGACCUGGCCGGCCUGUGAGGCGGCCCUGGCGGCCAGGACAGGGCCGAUCGGCUCGGCGGUGCGGCAGGACAGCCUGGGCAGCCUCAGGUCCAGCUCUGUCGGCUCCAGCGCCGCAUCCGACGCGCCGGCGGCCGCCGCCGCCGCGGCGUCCCCCGCGGGAUCCGUAUCGUCCAGCCCGUCGGCUGCCAGCACCGCGGCCGCCCCGAGCGGCGCCCUGCUCCCUUGGGAGCCGGUCUCGGCUGCGGGCGCAGGCGCGCCCGCGGGCGGCGCGGGGGAGCUGUGGAGCGCCAACUGCCGCGCGUGGCUGAUGCACGCCGGGGCGGACGCGUGCGAGGCGGCUGACUCGGCGCCCCCGGCCGCGGCUGCACCCCUCGAGUGCAGCGGCGCGCUGCUGAGCUCACUCCUGAGCCACCGCGCCAGCGCGGCGAGCGGGCCGCUGGUGUCCGCGCGGUGCUGCCUGGAUGAGCACCUGGAGCUGGCGCUGGAGGUCACGCGCCGCCUGGGCGGUCGCGGCGGCUGCGGCGGCCGCGGCGGCGGCUGCGGCGGCCGCGGCGGCGGCUGCGGCUGUGGCUUGGGCUGCGGCUGCGGCUGCGGCGGUGGCAGUGGCAGCGAGGUCUACGAGGGCGUCUUCAGGAACGCGCCGGCCGCGAUCAAGGCCGUGGCUCAGGCCCUUGAGAUGGCAGUGCUGUCGGGGGCGCCCCACCCCAACAUCGUCCGGGCCUACGCCUGCCUGCCAGACAUGGUCCUGCUGCCAGAUGCCGGCGCAGCGGCUGACGGGCGCGCUCUGCGCUUUUCGAGCGUGGUUCCGCUGGAGGACGAUGCCAGCGCCCUCCUCUGCAACGUGGUCAUCACAGAGCUCUGCGACCGCGGCACCCUGGAGGACGCCCUUGCGCGCGGCCUGUCCCCUGCGGGCCAUAGGGACGCUUGCGCUGCGGGGCCCUGGGCGGUGGGCGCCCUGCUGCUUGAUGUGGCGGCGGCGCUGCAGUACCUUCACUCAAUCCGGCUGGUGCAUGGUGACGUCACGGCUGGCAACGUCCUCCUCAAGUCAGACCCCACACGCCAGCUGGGCCUGCAGGCCAAGCUGAGCGGCUUUGGCCGCGCGGCGCUGCUGCAAAGGCCGCCCGUGACGCUCACCGCAGCCACCUCCUCCCUCGCAUUUGCGGCCGCCCCCGGACCCUGCACCUGCGACUGCGCCGGCUGCGAAGGCGCGCACGCCAAGGGCCCUGCUGAUGACGUGUUUGCAUUUGGCGCGCUCAUGCUGGCGGCCCUCAACACACGCGAUCCAGCCAGCGGCGCGGCAGCCCCGCCCUGCCCCUACGCGGCGCUGGCCUCAGAGUGCCUCUCGGCUGACCCCCCCCUUCGGCCCACCAUGGCCGCGGUCGCGUCGCGCCUGGAGCGCAUCCUGGCCGGCGCGGCCCGGGGCCCCAUCGAGCGCGCGUGA